AUGGCUCGGAUUACUGAGCCUCCGUUUCCUCCUGUUCGAAGGCUUCCAGCAGUAAGUUUCGUUGUGAUCUUUGCUACAGGAGGAAGGUCAAGUGUGACAGGCAACAGCAGUGCGGACAUUGCGUCGCUGCCAGAAAGACUUGUAAGAUCUGCUAGUUCCGAGCACCGCCAAGAUGAAGUUCACUUAGCACAGCUCCAAAGCCCGGUGUACUCCGGGCGUGGCCCGCUGCUCGAACGUGCCCUUGACUACUCAUCACUUGUAGAGCGUCAAAGCUCAAGCCGUAUUUCUGCUGUCACGUCUGACAACACGCCCACGAACAUAGCAAAGGGCAGGGACAAGCAGCCUGUGUCUUCCAGUCCCGAGAACGCUGACCCGUCAGGGGAGGCAAGAAAUAUAAUAAGGGGAGAGCUCGCUACCAACUUGCAUCUAUCCUCUGACAGGCGAUCUAUAUUACAGUCAGCGUUGUCGCUGGUGACCAGAUACGUCAAUGCCUCGCAGCGGACAGAUCCUGGAAGCCGUGAACCGAGCCGGGAAGAAGAUAAUUGUGGCCCGGGUCAGCUCCCUCCGGAAUUGUUCUACCUGAUGCUGAAUGGCAAGUCCAUUGUGCCCCGUCACACCGUAUCUGCUAAACCUUGUCCAGCCGUUUCCCGGCGCUCGGAGUCAUGGAGCAUACACUGGCCGGAUCAUAUUUCUGUGGCGACUCUCAGAAAGAUGUCCUUGGCACUGCUCGACGGCAGUGUGAGUGGACAAACCGCACUUCAAUACACGCUUUGUGUGGUCACUAAAGCAGCCAUCUACGUAAGUCGAUGGUUGCGAACAUGUCCCCAUGGAGCCUUGUCAGUGUCUCUGGAAAAGUCGCAGCAGAGAUAUAUCUCCAUUGGCUUGGGAUGCAUGAAGCAGCUUGAUUUUGUCAGCCGUCCGAACCUACUGGCCCUGCAGUCUCUGCUGUCUGGGGCCGUUCUCUCCCAGUUGGUCGGUGAUUCGACACGAGCCUGGAUAUUGACCGGUUUCGCAGCAACGGUUAUUACCGGGCUAGGCUAUCAUAACUGGCCAGAAGAAAUGCUGGGAGACGAUGAUGUGUCGUCUGAAGUGCGCCAUUGCAUUUACUGGUGUUACUACCUUGAUAAGACGCUGAGUUCGCUUCUUAUCAGACCCCCGUCCUUGCCGGGCUUACGUCUCAAUCCUGCUAUGCUGGUUCCUGUAGGUCCCUCAGAUCCUCUGGCUCUGGAGGUCAGGAUCCUGGUGAAACUUGCUGAAAUACAGGAUGUUUCUCUUUCAUUGCUCAUUGGAGCCAAACAGCGCAAUGAGACCGAAAUAUCACAAAUCAUCCGGUCUUUACAUGACAAAUUACAUGGUAUCUGGGACGAAAUAACUCAGGCACGUCCCGCAUGGACUGGUGCAUCAGAGUUAACCAUCGAGAGCGACGCUGUCAACUUUACUUACUAUACCACCUUUACUACUGUCCUUAGGUUAAACUCGUCGUUGUUGCAAGACCACUCCAUCAGGGAGGACUGCUUACUUUAUGCCCGCGAAGCUCUAAUCGCAAUGCGGUCUUUACAAACCCAGGUUUCCAAUUCUAACGGAAUUUCCCAGGACUUUCUUUUCUGGACAGUUCUGUUGAAUCCUCUGACCCCCUUCUUCGUGGUCUUCUGCAAUGUUGUUGCCACCUCCAACACAGACGACUUCCACCUCUUACAACAAAUAACCGCCAAUCUAUGCCGCCAUAAAGGCCGGAAUUCCUUCGUCUCCAACAUGCACAGUCUCUUCUCUCAGUUUAUUGAUUUGUGCAGAGCCACAAAUGAUGUUCACGUCCAAAAUAACCCCCAUGAUCUUCAGCGGCCCAGCAGUGCUCCUUGCCCCGCAAAUGUCAGCAUCCAGCAACAAGAGCGCCCCGGCGGAAUGUAG